AUGUCAUAUCUCUGUAAGACGGUCGCUUAUUGUUGUUCAAGCAAGAACUCUGAUAAACAACGAAAUUAUGUUAUUGAACGUCGUCUUAAACAAGAGAAAAAACAUCGGACAAGACAAAUUCGAAUUCUUUUACUCGGAGCGGCUGAAAGUGGAAAAAGUACAUUCAUAAAACAAAUGAAAAUUAUCUAUGGUGAAGAAUUCAGCGACACAGAAUUGGAUGAAUAUCGACAACAAAUUUAUAUCAAUAUAGUUCGUUGUCUACACGUCUUACUACAUCAAAUACAACUGUGGAAUAUACCAUUAUCAUAUUCCGAACAAUCAUCAAUACAUAUUAGACAAUUUUAUGCCUUUAAAUCGUUUAUAACAGCAAAUAGUAAUAAAUAUAUUGAUUCUAAAUUCUUUUCUGAAAAAUUUGCACCAUGUUUAAAAUUAUUAUGGAUGGAUAAAGCGAUACAAGAGACGUUUCAACGAAGAAAUGAAUUUCAAAUUACUGAUUCAUUUGAAUAUUUUUGUGAAAAUAUUGAUCGUAUUGGUUCUCUAGAUUAUGUACCAUCUCAUACAGAUAUUCUUUAUAGUCGAAAAUCAUCAUUAGCCGUUGUUGAAUACAAUGUCUCUAUUCGUAAUCAACCAUUUGUUUUUAUUGAUGUUGGUGGACAACGAAGUCAAAGACACAAAUGGUUAAACUGUUUUCAAGAAUGUCAAUUAAUUUUAUUUAUUGUUGCAUCAUCUGAAUACGAUCAAACAUUAAAAGAAGAUAAAACAAAAAAUCGUUUAACUGAAUCUUGUGAAUUAUUUCAAACAAUAAUUGAACAUAAAUUUUUGAAUCAAAUAUCAAUUAUACUAUUUUUAAACAAACAUGAUCUAUUAAUAGAAAAAAUUGGACGAUCAAACAUUAAAAAUUGGUAUCCAGAAUUUACUGGUGAUAGCAAAAAUAUUGAACAUGUGAAAGAGUUUAUAUUAAAUUUAUUUCUUCGUUAUCGUAAUCAAACAAAUAUGACAUUACCAAAAACUUAUCAUCAUUAUACAACAGCCGUAGAUACAGACAAUAUUAAACAUGUAUUUGAUACUGUACGUCAAACAAUUUUGCAAAAGAAUAUCAAUGAUAUUCUGUUAUUAACAAUUUCCCAUCAAACUAAUAAUAAAAUGGGUCAAAGUAGAGAUCGUUCACGUUCCCGUAGUAUGUCCUCUUCAUCGAGCGGUCGAGCUGCUCACUCAUCAAAUUGGGAUGGAGAAGGUGGUUAUCGUUUACAUAUAUCUGAUUUGAAUGCUGGUGUAACACGAAAAGAAAUUGAACGUCUAUUUUCAAAAUAUGGUCCAAUUAAUGAAGUUUGGGUAGCAACAAAUCCACCUUGCUUUGCAUUUGUUAAUUUUAAACACCGAUCAGACGGAGAACAAGCCAUUAAAGAUUUGGAUGGGAAAAUAAUUGGUGGAGGUCGAGUAGGACUUAGUUGGGCACGUAAACGUAACUAUGGAGGUCGACGUCCUUACGGUAGACAAUCAUCACCUUACGGUGGAGGACGAGGUGGUUUUAAUGAUCGACGAGGUGGUGGUGGUGGUGGUAGCGACCGAUCGAGCGGUUAUGGUGGCUCGUCUUAUCGUCGACAUUAUUCUCCGAAAAGAGAUUCAAGUAUGAAAGCAGUACGUUUUAUGAAUAUUUCUUCCAGGUCACGAAGUGGUUCUCGUGAACGUACAGGUCGUCGUCGUUCAUCUCGUUCACCAUCGGGAGAUCGACGUCGUCGUUCUCUUUCCCGUAGUCCAGCACCAAAACGUGGCCGUUCUCCUGCACAACAACAACGACAACCAUCGUCAAAACAUGGUAAUUCAAAGGAAAAUAAUAAUAAUAUCAAUCGUAAUAGUCGUUCUGCUUCACCAAAUGAUCAGAUUAGUCGUAGAAAUCGUCGUACAAGAAGCAGAAGUGCAUCACCAAAACGAAAUAAAGACACGGACAAGCAGCUGCAGUUGAAAACGAUUAAAUUAUUAUUACAACGAACAUUUCGAUAUGGUUAUCGUCUGCAUGUGUCUGAUUUAACCGUUGGUGUUUCAAGAAAAGAAGUAGAAAAAAUGUUUUCAAAAUAUGGUCCAAUUAAUGAAGUUUGGGUAGCAACAAAUCCACCCUGUUUUGCAUUUGUUAAUUUUAAACACCGAUCAGACGGAGAACAAGCCGUUAAAGAAUUAGAUGGCAAAGUUAUUGGUAGUUCUCGUAUUGGAAUCAGUUGGGCACGUAAACGUAAUUACGGAGGUAGAAGAGGUGGAUAUCGUCCUUAUAGUGGCGCUCCUCCAAGACGAUCACCAUCACCCUAUCGCUCCCAUGGAUCAAGAACAAGUAGAACAAGUAGAUAUGGAUAUAGUCCAAAACGAUCUCGUUCCCGUUCGGAUUCUCGCCAUCGACGUCGUCGUCGAUCAAGAACAAAAUCAGGUGAUCGUCGAUCAACAUCUCGUCAAAAACAUUCAUCAAAACGAGUAAAAACAUCUCAAACACGUCGUUCCCAUAAUCAUGGUGAUGGUAGUGCCAGCGAUAAUAAUCAUUCACCAGUACAACAACGAUCCAAACGUCGAGAUGAUGCAAGAGAUGGUGAACGAGAACGUCGUAGCAGAACACGUUCAAGAUCAAGACACUCAAAUAACGGACGGCAAUCACCACGUGAUAAUAACGUCCAUCGAAUUUCUAGAAGUGGUUCUCGUGAAAGUAUUGAACGUGAAGCAUCGAAUCACGAUGGAGAUACUUAUGGGGGUUCACCAGUAGCUGUAAAUCAAUAA